CAGUGCAGCUCCCACAAUGCAGCGGUGCAAUGUUUGAACAUGGCGUCCAACGUUGCUGUAAUUUCUAGGCCGUGGGUUCUGCAAAACAUGUAGAACAGAACCUCAUGAUAAUAUUAAAUCGACUUUAGAGCUCCAAACACCUCUUGAUUCAAAGGAGUCUUCAUGAUUCUACAGCUGAAUUGCAAAUAGAGAGAUCACCUCUCCUGUUUAGAAGCCAAGAAUAGUUUGAUUGGAGCUCCGGGAAAUGAAAAGGAUCAUGGAUUGAAAGCACGGCUGUAUCGCACUGUUGAGGGCUGUUGCACGUUCGCGCCGCGGGCUCAAUGACAAUGGAAGGAUCGCUGACGGAGCAACAGCUCGGCCUCCGACAGGCCGAGGAGCGUCUUUACAGAGAUUAUAUCCACAGACUUUUAAAACAAUCCGCAGAAUACCCCAAGUAUCAAUACAUAUGCAAGCUGUGUUCCGUUCAUAUUGAGCACAUUCAAGCAGCCCACAAACACAUCAAGGAGAAGAGACACAAAAAAAACGUCAUGGAGAAACAGGAGGAGAAGGAACUGCGCGCCCUGCCGCCCCCCUCCGCCUCGCAGCUGGGAGCCAUCGAGACGGCGGUCGUGGAAGCCGCCAGCGAGCAAGGGAUUUCUCACCGAGACUUUGAGCAUCGGAAGGCUGUGGUUGUUAGGAUGGAGAACAUCAUCCAAAAACACCUCUCAGCUUGCACCCUAAGUCUCUACGGCUCUUGUCUGACCCGAUUUGCCUUUAAGACGAGCGAUAUCAACAUUGAUGUCGUCCACCCCUCCACAAUGACACAACCGGAAGUCCUGAUUCAAGUACUUGACAUCCUCAGAAAAAGUAAUGAAUUUUCAGAUGUUGUGUCAGACUUUCACGCCAAAGUUCCUGCCAUCGUCUGUCGUGAUGUCAUCAGUGGCUUGACGUGCAAAGUGAGCGCAGGCAAUGAUGUUGCUUGUCUCACCACAACUCACAUGGCAGCCUUGACCAAAAUGGAACCCAGGUUGGUUCCCCUGGUGCUGGCCUUCCGCUACUGGGCAAGGCUGUGUCACAUUGACUGUCAGGCGGAGGGCGGAAUCCCCUCCUACUCGUUGGCUCUCAUGGUCAUCUUCUUCUUGCAGCAGAGAAAAGAGCCCAUCCUCCCUGUCUACUUGGGCCAUUGGAUCGAUGGCUUUGACGUGAAACGUGUGGACGAAUAUCAUCUGACAGGAAUCCAGUCAGACAUGUAUGUGCAGUGGGAGCACAGAGCUUCACAGACGGAUGGCGGCGGACAGGUCGAGAAUGGAAAGGAGGCCAGGCCAGGGGAAGGGCGAUCCAAAGCGGAGCGCGGUAAACCCCAUAAGGCUCCCGUUUCACAUGGCUUGGCACGGCUGACUUUUGAAUCGAGCCAAGAUGUGUCACUGGGACAGUUGUGGUUGGAACUCCUGCGUUUCUACACUCUGGAGUUUGCCUCGGAAGAGUACAUCAUCAGCGUCCGCGUCAAAGCGCUCCUUUCUCGGGAAACGAAGAACUGGCCUCGUCGCCGGCUCGCCAUCGAAGAUCCUUUUGCCUUGAAGAGGAACGUGGCUCGAAGCUUGAACAGCCAAUUGGUGUUUGAGUAUAUCCAGGAGCGCUUCCGCACAGCUUAUAAAUACUUUGCCCGCCCGCAGAAUAAAGCCGCCGUGGAGCACGAGAGCAAGGUGGCUGGCAAGCAGGGCUCCAAGAAGAAGGAUGCCGUAGCAAGUAAGAUGCUAGAGACAGAGUUAACGGACGAGAACGCUCAAAUGACAUUCCGCCGAGCAAAGGGUGACGGGGAACCUGCGAGCGACAGUAACGCCAGGUCCCAUCCGUCCGGAGAGGAGGACGAGAAGGCGCUCGACCGGAAGGCGCUCGACCGGAAGGCGCUCGACCGGAAGGCGCUCGACGAUGGCGGCGGCCCGGCGCUCACGGCCCUCGACCAAGCUGCUUCCAAACAGCCUUCCCUUUCCGUCAACGGCCGAGCCGAGGGUGGGGAGGAUGGGGAAACGUCUGUUUCCCAAAAGGAGGGCAUGGGAACAACAGAGGACCUUCACUAUAUCUUUGACAAGAUGAUUUUCACUGAGGGCAAGCCUCCAAACGUGGUGUGCGGUAUCUGCAAACGAGACGGUCACCUGAAGGAUGAGUGUCCCGAUGACUUUAAGAAGAUCGAGUUGAAGCUCCUGCCUCCUAUGAACAACCAUUUCCGAGAGAUCCUGAACGGGCUUUGCAAACUGUGCCACUAUAAACUGGCACCCACGCAUGCUGAGCAGCAGAAAAGAGAGCAGAUCCUUGCCAGUCUGGAACGGUUCAUCAGGAAAGAGUACAACGAUAAAGCUCAGCUUUGUUUGUUUGGAUCCUCCAAGAAUGGCUUUGGUUUCCACGACAGCGACCUUGACAUUUGCAUGACUCUGCAGGGUCAUGAAACUGCAGAGAAGCUGAACUGUAAGGAGAUCAUCGAAGGCCUGGCUAAAGUCCUAAAGAAACAUGCAGGGCUGAGGAACAUCUUGCCAAUUACAACGGCAAAAGUGCCGAUCGUCAAGUUUGAACACAGGCAGAGCGGUUUGGAGGGGGACAUCAGUCUCUACAACACUCUGGCACAACAUAACACCAGAAUGCUGGCGAUGUAUGCAGCCCUGGAUCAACGUGUGCAGUUCCUGGGAUACAUGAUGAAGGUCUUUGCAAAGCGCUGCGAUAUCGGAGACGCGUCUCGAGGGAGUCUCUCGUCUUACGCGUACAUCCUGAUGGUGCUUUACUUUCUGCAGCAAAGACAGCCGCCGGUCAUCCCAGUCCUGCAAGAGAUCUUUGACGGAGCAAGCGUUCCCCAGAGAAUAGUCGACGGUUGGAAUGCCUUCUUCUUCGAUGACCUUGAAGAUUUGCGGCAGCGUCUGUCCCAGGUGGAGCUCAACACGGAAUCUGUGGGUGAGCUGUGGUUGGGCCUCCUGCGCUUCUACACGGAAGAAUUUGACUUCAAAGAGCACGUCAUCAGCAUCCGCCAAAAGAAACGCCUCACCACCUUUGAAAAGCAGUGGACCAGCAAAUGCAUUGCUAUUGAAGAUCCUUUUGAUUUGAAUCAUAAUCUCGGUGCCGGAGUUUCUCGCAAAAUGACAAACUUUAUCAUGAAGGCUUUCAUAAAUGGGCGCAAGCUCUUUGGGACUCCCUUCUACCCAGUGCCUGGGACCGAAGUGGGCUACUUCUUUGAUGCAAAGGUUCUAACUGACGGCGAGUUGGCUCCAAACGACAGGUGCUGCAGGAUCUGUGGAAAAAUUGGACAUUAUAUGAAGGACUGUCCCAAGAGACGCAGAAUGAAAAAGAAAGAGAAUGACAAAGAUGAAGAUGUGAAAGAUGAUGAGCGGGAGCAAAAAGAGCGACGGUGUUUUCAGUGUGGCGACACUGGUCAUGUGAGGAGAGACUGCCCCGAAUACCGCCAUCUAAAGCAGAGGACGGCUGUGGCGUCGGCUCCUCACACGGUGCGGUCUUUGGUGAGUUCUCAGGCGACGAGUGGCUCCCAACUAGCGGCGGACUGUCCUAGUAGGGCCAGGCUACCCUCCGAGAGCUCUGACAGUCGCCAGACUCCACCCUACUCUCCGCAGCCCCCAGCCGUAUCUCAAAGUUCCCCUCAGUCGUCCAGUUCUCCCAAGUCGAGCCAAAAGAAAAGCAUUUGUUCAGGUCCCCAGAAACAGCCUGCUCACCACCACCACCCCCCCCAGGUCCCCCUUUUCAACUUCACCUCUUCCCACCCGGGCCACUUUCACCUGGGGACACUCGCUGGCCGAGGUCCUCUUCCCCCGCAGCAGCAGCAGCCGUCACAGGGGCAGCAGCCGUCACAGGGGCAGCAGCCUCAGCACCCGGCUUCCGCCUCCUGGCCCAUCCACGGACCUGUCGUCUGUAGUCCGAACCCGAGCGGCGGCGCCCCCUCCCCGCCUGGCCUGAAAUUGGUUCUUCGGUCAGGGCCGGGAAGCGGCGCGAGCCCCGGAAGCAGCCCCGACGCCGUCAACCUGAACGAUCCCAGUAUCAUUUUUGCACAGCCGGCGGGAAGACCCGUGAGCGUUGCCGGAGCGGGACGUGAAGGACACUGGCUCAACCGCUUGGUACAGCCUGCUUCGCUUCUGGGAAAUGGCACUGUGCUCAAGUCAGAAUUGGGCCACCCAUCCCAGUUUAUUGGUGUGAGCCAAGGUCCUCAGCUGUGGGAGCACAAUAAAACAGCCCAGUUUGCACUGUCUCCUUCCUGGCCGUACCGAAUGCCUCAGAAUUUUAUCCAGCAGGGAACCGGUGGCUACCAACCAGGCUCCAUGCUGCAUCCAAAUACAAACCUGCCCAUUGCCCAUGUCAGACACCCAGCAAAUCUAAAUUUCAUCCAACAGAAGAAGUGAACUGCCUGCCUGCCUGCCAGCCUGCCGGCGACCGCCUGCCUGCCUCUCUGCGUGGCUGCCUGCCUGCCUUUUUUCAUUUGUUUUAUGGCCAGUGACACACCAGAGUAAAUAAUGUACCCUUUGCACCAUUUAUAGCGGCAGAAUUUUUCAAAGAAUUGUAUCAUUUUUGUAUAGUUUUUAUGUCCCAUUUUUUUGUCUCAUGAAAUUGAUUUGUGAUACAAAUGUCAAAUAUUUUAAUUCCCCAAUUUUGAGGGGGUCCAAAAAUGCUUUUAUUUUCUGUGUAAAGGAUGAAAAAAGUAAAUAUGUAUUUUUAUUAGCUUCUGUGUUUGCCCAAAAAAAUGAAGGCUUUAAAUACAUCUUUGAUUGAAAACUACUUUGAAACAAAGUAGUGCCAAGGCCGGUCGUACGAAUAAGGGAAAGAAAAUAAAAUCAUGGCAAACCAU